UGGUGCGCCCGAGGGUCUGGAGAGGCCCGACCGCGGGUGUGGGGCGGAGACGUCGCUGAGGGGGCUACAGGUCCGGACCGCGCGCGGGUGGGAGUACAGCCACCUGGGCCGCUGCCUCGGAUGGCUGGACGCCUCAGAUGUUGGGGACAAAUGCCCAGGCCACUUCUAAAAUUUGUAACUCUCAUGGAGUGACGCUUUAAGUUGAGCAGCGUGCCCGCCCUGGGAAUCCCCUAGCAGCCUGAUUUGGAAUGGAUGGAGCAGGAUCGUUCACUGAUUCAUUUCACCAAAUAGCUAUUGAGGGGCAGCUGCGUGGGAGGCAUUCUGCACAGGCUGUUCAUCAGCAGAUUCUGAGCAACAAGUUUCUUAUAGUGCGAAUGAGAGAACUACUGUGGAGAAAGGAAGAUUGCCAGAGGUUUUACCAAGAGCACGAAGGGCGUUUUUUCUAUCAGCGUCUGGUGGAGUUCAUGGCCAGUGGGCCAAUUCGAGCCUACAUCCUUGCCCACAAGGAUGCCAUCCAGCUCUGGAGAACACUGAUGGGACCUACCAGAGUGUUUCAAGCACGCCAUGUGGCUCCAGAUUCAAUUCGUGGGAGUUUCGGCCUCACUGACACCCGCAACACUACUCAUGGCUCAGACUCUGUGAUUUCAGCCAGUAGAGAGAUUGCAGCCUUCUUUCCUGACUUCAGCGAACAGCGCUGGUAUGAGGAAGAGGAGCCCCGGUUGCGCUGUGGCCCUGUGUGCUACAAUCGAGAGGGAGGCAUCCACUGUGCAGCUCGAACAGGAGGCCCAGGACCAGCCUGAUGCAGGCUUGUUGAUAUAUAAAGACUGGUGGUUUUGCCCAGCCUUUGCUCUUAGAUAUCUGGUCAAAAGCAUUAUUUUACGACUAAGGAAGCCUGGGCUCCUGGUGCCAUCUCUUCUGGCACCAUCACCUCACUAAGGGCCUAGUUCAUCCCUGCCACCUCUUCCAGAAUCUAGCUCUUUAUCUACCUCUUCUCUGGAAUGUUCAUGUUUAAGUCAGAAGAAUGGUGGACGACUAAAGCUGGCCGCCUGUUUUGGUUCCUCUUUUCGUUGAGAACUGUCUAUUCUUUCCUCAAGGAGAAGGUUGCCUAAUUGACUUGCCUGGUUGUAAGACCCUUGAAAAAUGCAAUGACUCUGUAUAAGUAGCAUUUAGCAUAUCUUCCUCAAUAAAAGUCAGUGUUCUACUGAAUCCUCCAGGCUGGGAGCACUUCUCUAGUGUCAGCAGCUUUCUCUCUAUCUUUAGUUAGAAUAAUGAGACCUGCCCUGAAACCAGGUUUCUGGUCUAUGCUAAGCAAAGAGAGAAUUGCGUAGGAUUAUCUCAGUAGGCUGACAAACAAGCAUACAGCUUACGUUGUGCAGAAAGGUACCCAGCAAAGGAACUGAAUGUGGGCUGUGCAUCCUGGCACAGGGCUGCAUCUUAGAGGAAGGGGCACCUUUUAUUUGAACAAAGGUGUAUCUGCCCAAUGGGGUAUGUUUUUAUUAUUUGCACAAAGGCACUAAAGGUAGCCAUGUCUCCCGUAUAGCUGAGGUCAGCAGUUACCUGUUGCUGCAUAACAAAUCACCUCAAAACUUAAUGGCUUAAAACAAUUCAUUCUUAUGUUUCUGUGGGUUGGCUAGUUGCUUCUGCUAGUUGGGUGGUUCUGUUUGUCUUACCUGGACUCACUUGUGUGGCUGCAUUCAGCUGAUGGGUCCGUGAGGUUCAUCCUGAGCUUCUUCACAGCAUGGUUGUUUCGGGUUCCAUGAGAGCAGGCCACAAUUCGCAAGCUUGUCAAGCCUCUGCUUGUGUCGUAUUUGCUGAUACUGGCCAAAGCAAGUCAUGUGACAAGACCCAGAGUCCUUGUGAGAAGGGAAUGCACAAGGGCACGGACCCAGGAGAUGUGAAUCAUUGGGGACUGUUACUGUGACAGUCUACCACACUGGAAGCUGGAGGUUACAUCAGCUAAAGAUAGUGGGCUGAAAUAUUUACACUAUUUUACUACCUCUUGGUUUAGAGUGAAAUUUCUAAGAUUCUUAGAGAAUCUUCCUACAUCAAAAUAUAUAAAUGCGUCUGCAUAUGUUCCCAUCACCUCCCUUCCUGUUGCAACAUAGGAAGGGUCCUGCUUCCUAUCUGUGAUGCUUAAGAUUGUGUGUCAACUUGGCUGGGCCAUGAUUCUCAGUGUUUUUGGCAGUUGUAUAAUGUUGUGAUCACUUCCCUGUUGAGAUUUGAUACGUGAUCACGCCCAUGUUGGGAUCUGCUAUGGUACCAGUGAGGACCGGACCUGUGGCAGCUCACUGCCCCCCCACCUCAGCCCUCAUCGCAAUACCCUCCACCGCCUAGGUCUUUCUGCUCACCUUGCUGGGGCUUUUGCUUGUCCUGGACCCUGCAGCUGGCUCCUGUUCGUCUAACCUCCAGUUCUCGGGACUUGAGCUAACAGCUUACCUGCAGUCUUGCCUGCUGAGCUUCAGAUUCCUUGUUCUUCACAUUCUGCAACUGCCCUGCUCUCCAGCCUACCGGUCUUGGGUUCACCAGCCUCUGCAGCCAAGUGAAUCAGGAGAGUUCUCUUUCCUGCCCCACUGACUUGGGACAUUACAGCCUCUAAAAUCCGAGUGACGCAUUUCCUUGAUAUAAAUCUAUAUAUAUACAUAAAUAUACACUUUACUGGUUUUGCUUCUCUAGAGAACCCAGCCCAAGACACCGCCCAAGCCAGUCCUUCCUCUUGUGCCCUGGAUCCCGUCUCUUUUCUGUGGGACCGUUCUGUUUUAGUUUUCUAGUCUCUUUUGCACCUUUUACCUUUCUCCACUGAGUCCUUCCCCUUUAAAUUCUAAUACGUUUUGAUGUCUUCCUUCUUUCAAAAUCCUUUUAAACUCAUGUUUCCCUUCAUCUCUGCACAGCCAAGCCCAUGUCAGUUGUCUGCAUUGACAGACUCAUCCCCAGUUCCUCCCCAGCCAACUCCAGUCUGGCUUGCUCAUCUGCCACUCUAAAGGACUGCUCUUGCCAAGGUUAUAGUGACCUCCAUGCUGCCACAUUUAGAGGGUAUUUUUCAGGCUACAUCAUUCCAGCCUUCUCAGUAGCAUUCAACACUGCUUUGUCCCCCAGAAGCACUCUUUUUUCUGGACUUUCCUGACCCACAUACCAUUGGUUUUCUUCUUGCUUCUCUGGCUCUUACUGUCCUUUGUUGGCUUGUCCAAACAAUUGUUUUAGUAAACUAUGUAUUCAAGGCAUUCUGAAAAAUACAGAGAUGAUUAAGACAUGAUUUGGUCCUAAGGUUACUAAUUAUGAAGCCGAGUAGUCAACCAACUCUAAUACAUGGCAAAGAUAGACAAGUGCCAUAACAGAGGUAUAAAGUUCUGUGGAAAAACAGAGGUAAAAUGUUUUACCCUGGCUGGAUGAGGAGGGGGAAGGUGAUGGAUGGGGUGGGAAGGCUUUAUAGAAGACAUACUACUGGCACUAAGCCUCAAGGUCAAAUAGAGUGUUGAUAGAAAGCUGUAGAGCCUUUUUAUUUUCAGUUCCGUCUGGGUCAGUUUGGUCUGUCUGUAGGCCAGGAAGCCUGUGAUGCUUCCUGACUGAUAGAGAAUGGAGAUCCAGACUUUUAUAUCUCAGUACAUGGAUGUUUUCUCUUUUUGGUGGCCCUGAAACCUUGGAAUCGAAAAUUGCCUUCAUCUUCUAUUUGGACCCCUUCAAUUUUCAGUAGUGGUAGACUAGAAAAUUUGGGCCAACCAUCACACAGAGAACGGAGAAAAUAUAAAUAACAUCUAUUUGAAAGCAUCAGGUGGCUAACAAGUCAGUGAAGAAUUUCGGGACCAAGAUCCAGGACAAGAAAGGAACUCUGAAAAAUUAGCCUACAGUUUGGGGCCACUUUUCUCCUAAGGGUGCCUGCUGACUCUGGAAGAGGCAGUUGAGAGGCGAGAAGCUGAGUUUUCAACAUCCUCAUUGGGUUAGAGAGAUUCAUGGAUGCUGGCAGAAGACACGAGAUUCCUAUGUCAGAGAUUAUUACUCAUGACAGCAGAUAGCAUGUUUGCAUUGGUUCCAUUUACCCCUUAAGUCCCAUGGGGGCUACACAGACGCAGGUGGGUACUGCACAUGCAGUGAGUUUGUGGUAUAGUCCAUUACCUUACCACAAAGAAUACAACCACGGUCUAAAAAUUGGGUAAAAUAUCCUUUAUUGUUGCCAUAUAAAUCAACUUUACAUCAAUACAAAAUCAGCCUCAAAUGGAUGCCCUAUCUAUCUAAGAUACAACUAUUGGUCUCUACUCAUCCAGAGCUAAAGAGAAAGAAGGAAACCAAAGACUCAAGAAACUAGUCUAUAGAACCAAUAGUCUACAUAAACAAUGACAUCACCUACCUUGAGACCAGAAGUAGAUGGUGCCCGGCUAUCACUACCAAUCGUUCCGACUAAGAACUCAAUAGAUGGUCCUGGAUAGAAUGGGAGAAAAAUGUAGAACAAAACUCAAAUUCCUAAAAAAAAAGACUUUAAUUACAGGACUGGUAGAGACUAAAUGAACCCCUGAGACUGUCAUCCUGAGAUACUCUUUAAACUUGGAGCUCAAACCACUCCCAGAGGUCACCUUUCAGCCAAAUGACAGAUCGGCCCAUAAAUUAAAUAAUACCACCUAGUAUUAAAAAAAAAAAAAAAAUUUUUUCUAUAAGUACUAUGCUUCUCAAAAUAAUCAUCUAGAGGAAACCAAAUGGUUAACAUUUAUCCUAGGCCAAAGAUGAGAAGAAUGGCGGUGGUUGGGGGGGGCCAGAGGGUGUUGGGGUGAGGGCAGGGAAGCUAGAUUGAUGGCAAAAACAACCAAAAUAGAAAUAACAAGGAUGCUGAUACAUUGUGAAAAAUGUAACCAAUGUCACUGAACAAUGUGUAUAGAAAUUGUUACGUGAGAACCUAAUUCCUGUGUAAACUUUCACCCAAAACACAAUAAAAUAUUAAAAAUAACAACAACAAAAAAGACCAAACAAAUAAAUGUGGCAGAGGAUGUAAAGAACAAUAAUGAUGCUGAGUUGAGAGUGGGAAACUAGGCAUAGAUACUGAAAUCCUUAGAUUUGUGGGAAGUUUUAGGAGAGAUGUUAAAUCUAUAGCCUGGCAGUCCAGGCAUUCAGACUGAAUGGGUGUCAGAGGAAGGACAAAAUGUCUCCACAGCAAUCAAGAAUCCAGGAUCAAGUAGCCAAGGAGUGAGAGGCAGUGGUGUGGGCUGCACUCUCUCCACAAGCUUUCCCCAACCUCCUGCUUCAGGCACAUGCUGGUCUUCGUAUAUUCUCAGUAAUCUUUUCCCCAUUUUUUAAAAAUCUCAUACUUUCUCUUGCUCAUGUAUGUCUCAUUUUCCAGCAUCCUCUCCAUUUCUGUAUCCUCUCCUCCCUUUGCUCUUCCCACUGAAGCAGAAGACGGGCUAAGCUAGAAGUGAAGUUCAGGGUUUUGGCACAGUGGAUGUUUUAAGAACCCAGUCUGUAGAGCCGGACUGCACCAGUCCAAAUCCCAGCUCUGCCACUUACAAGAUAUGUGACAUUGGACAAUGUACAUAACCUCUCUGUGUCUCAGUUUCUACAUCUGUGAUAAUGGCACCUGCCUUCAGGGUUGUUGCAGUAAAUGACUUAAUAAAUAUAGCAUUUAAAUCAAUGCCUGGCAUACAGUAACUUUUGCUAUUACUAUGUGUUAUAGUUAAACGAUAUAAUAUUUUGUAUUUAAAUGAGAACUCGAAUUCUGAAUUUAAAGAUAAGUACUUUUUUGUCCUCAAAAAUUAACCAAUGGAUAGACAAAAGAUGGUAUAUCCAUACAGUGGAAUAUUAGUCGUAAAAAAGAAUGAAAUGCUUAAUACUUGCUACAAGGUGGAUGUACCUUGAAAACAUUAUGCUAAGUAAAAGAAACCAGAUACAAUGAUUCCAUUUAUAUGAAAUAUUAUUCAGAAUAAGUAAAUUCGUAAAGAUAGAAAGCAGAUUGGUAGUUGCCAGGUGCUGGGGUGAAGGAGGAAAUGGGACUGAUUGCCUAAUGAGUUUUCCUCUAGGGUGAUGAAAUGUUUUGGAGCUAGAGGCACAAAAUUCUGAAUGUGCUAAAUACCACAGAACUGUGUACUUUAAAAUGGUUAGUUGGAUGUUAUGUGAAUUUCAUCUCAAUUAAAGAAAAAAACAAUGAGUCAAGUAUCCUAGCCUAGCCAGUACAAUAAGGCAAAAAAAGUAAAAGGCAUACAGGUUGGAAAGGAAGAAAUGAAACUGUCCCUAUUUACAGAUUACAUGAUUGUCUAUGUAGAAUUUACAAAAUAAUCUGCAAAAAAAUUCACAAUAUUAAUAAGUAGGCCCAGGAGGGUCAUAAGACUUAAGAUGAACAUACAAAAAUCAUGUUUCUAUAUACUAGCAAUGAACACAUAGAAACUGGAGUUAAAAAUAUAAUACCAUUUAUAAUUACUCCAAAAAAAUAAAAUAUCUGGGAGAAAUUUAACAAAACGUAUACAGGAUCUGUAUACUGAAAAUUACAAAAUGCUGAUGGAAUAAAGAGAAGCUAACUAAAUGGAGAGGCAUACCAUGUUUAUGGAUUGGAAGACUCAAGGCAGUAAAAAUGUCAGUUCUCAAAAUUAUAGGUUUAACUCAUUUCCUCUCAAAAUCUCAAAAAGACUUUCUGUAGAUAAGCUUAUUGUAGAUAAGACAAACUUAUUCUAAAAUUUAUAUGAAAGGCAAAGGAACUAGAAGAAUAAAGUGGAAGUGAUCAUUCCAUCUCAUAUUAAACUUACUAGUUACUAUCUGGUUACUACAAUAAUCAAGACAGGGUAGUAGUGGUGAGAGAUAUACACACUGAUCAAUAGAAGAGAAUCAAGAACACAGAGACCAACACACACAAAUACUCCAAAUUGGUUUUUGACAAAGAUGUAAAAGCAAUUCAACAAAGGAAAGAUAGUCUUGUCAACAAAUGUUGCUGGAACAACUGGAUAUCCAUAGGCAGAAAAAUGAACUUUGAGCUAAAACCUAACACAAAAAUUCAUUCAAAAUGGGUCAUGGAUUUAAAUGUAAAAUGUAAAGCUAUAAAACUUUUAGAAAAAAAAUAGAAUAUAUUCAGGACCAAAGUGAGGCAAAGACCUUACACAUGACACCAAAAGUAUGGUCCAUUAAAAUAAUAAUAAUAAUAAAUUGAACCUCAUCAAAAUUAAGUUUUUUGUAUUGCACAAGACCACAUCUCCUCAGGAAAAUAAAAGCACAAGGAACAGUUCCUAACUCAUUCCGUGAGGCUGCAUUACCCUAACACCAAAACCAGAUCAAGACAUUAGAAAGGAAAUUCAGUAUUUAGAAAUUCAAUAAUUAGAUUAAAUUGAGUAAUUAGAAAGGAGAUCAAUAUUCUCAUAAACAUAAACAUCCUCAACAAAAUAUUAGCAAAUCAAAUUGAAUAAUGCAUAAAAAGGAUUAUGCACCACAACCAAGUGGGAUUUAUUCCAGGUAUGCAAGGCUGGUUCAAUAUUCGAAAAUCAAUCAAUGUAAUCCAUUAUACCAACAGGCUAAAAGUGCAAAAUCGUAUGAUCAUAUCAAUUGACAGAAAAAGUGUUUGACAAAAUCUGACACCCAUUCAAGAUUAAAACAAACAAAACUGUCAGCAAACUACAAAUAGAGUAGAACUUCCUCAACUGGAUAAAGAACAUCUACAAAAAACCUACAUCUAACAUCAUACUUAGUGGUAAGAGACUGGACACUUUCCCCCGAAGACCAGGAACAAGGGAAGGAUGUCCUCCCUUACCACGCCUAUUCAACAUUGUGCUGAAGGACCUAGGUAGUGCAAUAAAACAAGAGAAAGAGACAAACUGUAUAUAGAUUGGAAAGGAAAAAAUAAAACUGUCUUUAUUCACAGAUGACAUGACUGUCUAUGCAGGAAAUCCCAAAGAAUCUAUUAAAAAUAAUUUCUGGAACUAGGCAAGUAUAGCAAGGUGACGGGAUGCAAGUGCAAAUACGAAUGUCAAUUGCUUCCCUAUAUACCAGCAAAAAACAAUUAAAAUUUUAAAAUAUUUUAAAAAUACCAUUUACAAUAGCACCAAAAAAAAAAAAAAUUAAAUAGGUAUAAAUCUAACAAAACAUGUACAGGAUCUUUAUGUAGAAAGCUACAAAUCACUGAUGAAAGAAAUCAAAGAUCUAAGUAAAUGGCAAGAUGUUCCAAGUUCUUGAAUUGGAAGACUCAAUAUUGUUAACAUGUCAACUCUUCUUAUCUUGAUCUGUAGAUUCAAUGCAAUCUCAAGUGAAAUUCCAACAAGCUGUUUUACAGAUAUCAAUAAACUGACUCUAAAGUUUAUAAGGAAUGGCAAAAGACUUAAAAUAGCCGACAAUACUGAAGAAGAACAAAACUAGAGGACUCAAGGCUAUCCGAUUUAAAGCCUUACUCAAAAGCUACAGUAAUCAAGACGGUGUAGUAUUGGCAAAUGAAUAGAUAGUAGAUCAAUGCAACCAAAUAGAGAGCCCUGAAAUCAACCAACACAAGCAUAGUCAACUGAUUUUUGGCAAAAGCAUAACAGAACUUCCCUGGAGAAAGAUAGCCUUUUCAACAAAUGUUGAUGUAACAACUCAACAGCUGUAUGCAAAAAAAAAAAAAAAACCUAAAUACAGGCCUCUCACCUUUCACAAAAAUGGAUCACAGACCUAAAUGUGAAAUACAAAACCAUAAAACUUCUCAAAAGAAAAAUAGGGAAAAUCUAUGUGACCUUGGGUUUGGUGGUAAGUGUUUAGAUACAACACCAAAAACACGAUCCAUGAAAGAAAAGGAAUGAUAAAUUGCUGCGAAAGACACUGCUAAGAGAAUGAAAAGACAAGCCACAGACUGAGAGAAAACAGUUGUAAGACACAUACCUGAUAAAGGAUUGUAUCCAAAAUGAACAACAUAACUCAACAAUAAAAAUACAAAAAACCCAAUUAAAAAUGAGCAAAAAGUUUGAACAGACACCUCACCAAAGAAGGUAUACUGAUGGCAAUAAGCAUAUGAAAAGAUCCUCAACAUCAUUUGUCAUUAAGGAAAUACAAAUUAAAACAAUGAGAUUCCAGUACAAACCUAUUAGAAUGAGUAAAAUUUUAAAAACUGACAUACCAUUUACUAGCAAUGACACAGCAAGAGGGAUUCUCAUUCAUUGCUGAUAGGUACAGCCACUUUGAAAGACAUCUAGCAGUUUCUUAAACAAAGCUCAAUAUAGUCUUAACAUAUGUUCUAGCAGUUCAACUCCUAGGUAUUCCCCAACUAAUCUGAAAACUUACAUCCACAGAAAAACCUGCAUAAGAAUGUUUACAGCAAUUUUAUUCAUAAUCCCCAAAAACUGGAAGCAAUCAAGACAUUCUUCGAUAGAUAAAUGAAUAAACUGUGCGAAGUCCGUACAAUGGGAUGCUGUUCAGCAAUAAAAAGGAAUGAGGUAUGAAGCCAUGCGAAAACAAGGAAGAAUCUUAAAUACAUAUUGUUAAGUGAAAGAAGCCAGUUUGAAAAGGCCGUUUACUGUGAUGCUAUUUAUAUGACAUUCCGAAAAAAGGCAAAACUAUAGAGACGGUAAACAGAUUAACAGUUGCCAGGAGUUUAAGCAGCUAGGGUUUGUUGAAUAGAUGAAACACAUGGGGGGUAUCUUAGGACAGUGAAGCUGUUCAGUAUGAUAUACAGCACAAAGAGUGAACCUUAAUGUAUGUAACCUUUUUUAAAAAAUCAUUGAGAUCAGGGGAUCCCAGGAUGGAAUACAAAAUAUGAAAAAACAUAAAAAUUAUUACAACUGUAUGAACAACCUUACCGAAGGAAGUGGAGAAAAAUGUGCUGACCUAUUUAACUUUGGAAAUGAGUGCAGUCUAUUAAACUAAAGACAAAAGAAACUGUACAUAACUGUCAUAACUGUACAUAACUCUAGUUGUAGGAGCUGUAUCAGUAUGAAUUCAUGUUUAGCUUAACAUAGAUACACAUGCACAGUUAAGUACUCAGCUGCUAACCAAAAGGUUGGCGGUUCAAAUCUAUCCAGAGGCACCUCAGAAGAAGGUCCUGGCAAUCUACUUCAUAAAGGUCACAGCUGUUGAAAACCCUACAGAGCACAAAUGUACUCUGACACCCACGGGGUUAUCAUGAGUUGGAAUCGACUCAAUGGCAGCUGGUGUGGUGUGUCUAUGCAGGUGUUAAUAUUUAAAAUCAUAAGAAUAAACUUCAAUCAUUUUCUUAAAAUUUAACUCAGAUUUGCAAACCAGGGAAGCACCCUCCACUCAAAGUUGAGAAUGUCCCCGAAAAGAGGGUUUUGGAUAGGUUUUUAUAAUCAGAGUCAGUACAGAAGUAAGUUUUAAAUAACUAGGUACAGAACAAGAAGUUACAUACCUCUCCUGGGAGAGCGAUUCAUGUUUGAUCAAGUGAACUAGGCACAGAACAAGAAGUUACAUAUCUCUCUUGAGAGCAAUUCAUGUUUGAUCAAGGUGACCCCUUUUUACAUCAUUAAAUGAUUAUCUUUGUGAGAAAGAACUGUUUCUUCUAUUUGAAAUAUUUUAAUAAUCAACCAUGCAAGACAAGGUUCUAUGUGAUUUGGCCAUGGAAAAAUUUUUAGCAGUUUUGA